GGAUUGAUACGUAGUUUGAUGUAGCCUUAAACUCAAACCAUAUUCGUACAUUGUAUUCAAAGACUUUCACUUUUUCCAAGUGUGAAUUGAUCGCAUGAUUGGCGUCAUGUUCGCGAACCUGGUAAGCUCAAGGGUGAGCGUUCUCCGAACGAGAAAACAUUUGCUGAAGUUUACUGCCGAGAGAAUAAACAGCUGCAGAAGUCUUACAUUUUGUGCUAACAGUUCAACAAGGUUGUGUGCCAUCAAAGUAAAGCCAUCAUGGUGUAAAGUGAAUUCCUGUUUGCCAUGUAGCGCGACUUUGCCAUAUGCAUUUGAACAAAGAAGAUAUGAAUCAGGACUGCCCGACAGUUCACAAAUGAUAUACGUUCCCACAGUGGAUGAAAUAAUGUAUGAAUGGAUUGAAUAUAUACAUAAUGCCACUCAUUUUCCUUGGUGGUUGGCGAUUAUUGCUUCGACCAUCGCCAUGCGAACAGUGCUGCAUCUUCCGCUUGGCAUCAUGAUGCAAAGGAUUUUAGCCAGGAUGGAGAUAACGCAGCCAAAAAUAAACGGACAAGUAGAAAUUGUCAAACAACAGCUGGAGAUUAUGGCUAAAAAUGAAGGAUGGCAGGAAAGUUACAAAGCAGAACGUUACCAAAAUGAGGUAAAAGACAUUGUAAGACAUUAUCACAAGUCUGAGAAGUGUAACCCAUGGCGUUCACUUAUACCUGUCUCAGUACAUGUUAUAACAUGGAUGGAAAUGACACAAGCUUUAGGUCAGAUGUCUGGCGGGUCGCCAACUGUUUUUGGAACACAAAUGGAUGUGGAUUUUAUACCAGAAUUUCUUAACCAAGGUGCUCUAUGGUUCAGUAACAUGACUGUACCAGAUCCCUACCUGAUAUUACCCACAAUGCUGUGCAUUAGUAAUCUUGCCCUAAUUGAGAUGUGGAAUUUACGAAGAGGACCAGAAACGAAAACCCAACAACGAGUAAAAUUUAUUCUACGUGGUGUUUCCAUAUCAAUGUUGCCAUUAGCGUCCAUACUGCCAGCUUCUAUGUCAAAUUCUUACAAAAUAAACAUUGAUUUACUGGGUGAAACAGAACACUUGACAUAUGAAAAUGCAGUAUUAGCUAUCAUGGCUUAUAACUAUCUAAUCCAAGCAAAGUACAAACUGUCUGGAUUGACUUCUCAUGAACAAAUUGCCAACAAAAAUUCAGCAGUUUUUGAGAAGAAGUCACCCACAACCAACCAUCCAGACUUUGGACGCCGAAUACAGCAUCACCUACGGCCCAUUGAGCUAAGAAAUGUUAUUAAAGCUCAGCCUCCAAUGCAUGCAUAA